AUGUCCUUAUAUACAGCAAGAAGAAGUUCCUUACGACAUUCACUCGCAUACAGAUUAUUGCCAAGAAAGACUUUGCUACUUAUCAGGGUUGAAAGAUUGAAAGGUCGUUAUUUGUUUCGGUCAGCAGUGCGACGUGUUUUAGAAUAUAUAGAAUGGAUAACGGAGAUACCGAUAAUCGAAGAAAUUAGCGAUGAUGUAGCGAUUAAUAUUAAAAUGACUCAACAAAGACACAGACUAGAAAAGAAGCUACUCACAUUAGAGGAUCGAUCAAUACUAUUAGUGAAUCCGAUUGAAAGAUCCUCCACGGACAAAGCAUACAUAUACGAUCUUAUUAAAAAGUUGCGCGCAUUCUCGAAACAUUCAGAGGAUUUGAGAGAAAAUUUAGCCGCGGUAUGCAUUUAUCAGUAUUUACCGGCUGGUCGUGUAAUUGUUCGUCAGGGUCACAAAGCGGAAAACCUUUAUUUUAUAGCGAACGGCGAAGUCAGUCUAUCGAGAGUUGCGAUUGAUGAAUUUUCAGGUGACGAGAAAACUAUAGACAUGGGUAUUAUGCAAUCAGGUGAUAUGUUUGGUGAAGUUGCACUAUUUCAUUCAAUACCGAGAACAUCAACUGUGAUUACUAACACAUCAGUCGAUUUGCUUCUAAUUAGACGAGAUGAUUUCAACAAUAUCUUACGCGAUACCUUGACAGAAAAAUGGGACGUUUUGCGGGACGCAUUAGUUCAUUUCAAUUAUUUCAAAGCAUGGGACGAAGAAACGGUACGAGAGUGUUGUAUUCUAAGCAAACUGAAAGACUUUAAGCCUAAUGAGGUCCUGUUAGGCGAUGGAACAGGCAUGGUGAAUUACGUGCAUUUUGUUUUAAGUGGCGAGUGCCGUCUUAUCGAACAUAUGCUUGUUCGCGAACGUCCUUCUUAUCACGGAACACAAUACGAAUUAUAUGAUCCCGAAAUUUCUUCAGGUCCGCAAGAACAACCAAAAGAAGUGUCAAAAAAAUCUGACAAACUGCGUGAAUUAAAUUACAAAUUUAAUCAAAGACCUGCCAACACAGAUACAGAUGUUGAUCGAUUAAGUAUAGUUACUACUACGCUUUUGGACGUCGUUAAAGGGUGGCAUGAAAUUACUGAUGUCGCAGCAAUGUUGAUGCGAGAACCAUCUAUUACGUCUCAGUUACGUUAUCCGAACGACGUUCGUACUAUAUUUAUGCAAGUAUGCACUUUUUCUCGAGGUGCAUGUUUCGGUUUAGGAGAGAAAAUGCUUCAUCGAAGAAUCGUAGCGAUUACACCGGUACGAUGUUUUCUUAUUCCCCGAUAUUGGUUGCUCGAGCACAAUCGUGCUAAUAUCUGGGGACGCGUAAAAUUGUUCAUGGACUCAAAGUAUCCAACUAAGAAGCAAUUAUUCAACGAGUUUCUCCUUAAUCGAAAAACAGGAACCAUCCGUUCGGUUUCUCGUUUGAGUACAACUUAUCGAAGACAUCAUCUCACGUCUGACACUAUACGCCUGCUAGUACCAAGAGUUACCUACGUCGAACUAAUUCUUCAUAGUCUUGCAUGCGAUCGGCCUACAAUAAUAAGAUCAUCAUACUCACAUUUGCAUAUUAACAUGAUCAGCAUAAUAAAUCAAAUGGACAUAAAUAUAGUGUACUAUGUUCUAAUUUUUGAAUCAACUUCUAUUGGAUUGAUAAGCAUAUUAAUUAAUUAUAUGGAACCCUAUUUACCUACGUUUAUAUCUCGUGGGUUUCGUUAUGGGAGGUGUAGCUCGAAAAAUCAUCACGCUAUAUUAGCAAAACUUGAAAUGCCUAAAAAGUGGUUCGGACAUUAUUAUAUUAUUGCUGGACCAAUAUUGAUAUUUUUAUUUUAUUUUGCAUUAAACAAAUAUUUUUAUGAUGAAAAUGCUCCGGAAAUUAUACUUUCGUUAUUGGAUACAUUAUUAGGAAUAUCAAGAAAAAUUUUAGUACCAGUAGAAACUGCAAUUCUGGCUAUUUUCGUGUUUUCUAUACAUAUUUGGAAAAGAAUAUAUGAAAUGAAUUAUGUCUGUGUAUUUAGCGAUCAAAAAAUAAAUAUAUUCCAUUAUAUACUUACAUGUUUACAUUAUUUAACAACAUUGUUAUCUCUAAUUGGGGAAUCUGAAGGAUUUGUUAGAGAAAAAGGUUCACAUACGGAUCUGUCCUUACACAAAUUAACAACCGCACAACUGAUAUGUGCAUUUAUAUUCUUAUGGUCGACAUAUAUACAACUUAAAAGUAAUUUUAUUCUUGCGGGAUUACGUAAGAAUCAAUAUGGCGAUGUUGUAACUAAAGAACACAAAAUACCAUUCGGCGGAUUAUUUAAUUAUAUAUCAAAUCCGUUGCAAUUGACGGAAAUAAUAAUAUAUUUAAUGUUGUCUGGAAUUCUUUAUCAAGCUUCCACAUUCCAUUAUAUUACUCUUUUUGUUAUAAUAAAUCAGGUCGAAAGUGCAAUUUUGUCUGAUCAAUGGUAUCAAAACACUUUCAAGAAUUAUCCAAAAGGAAGAAAAAUUUUAAUUCCUUACAUCUGGUAGUUUAAAAUAUCUUCCAUUUAAGAUAAAUUAAUUUCU